AGCAGGCGGGCGGUGCCGCGAUGCUGCGAGUUGCGGGAAUCCGCGGCCUGGGCCCCGGCCGAUGGAUCAGCGCCGCCCUCCGCCGUCCCGGCCCCGACCCCGGCCCCGGGCACAGCCGCCCCCCGCCACCCAGCCCCGCCUGGCGCGGUGCACUGACCCGGCCCACCGUCCGUCCGAGGAGCGGAGCCGCUGAGGCCCAGAGAGCGGCCGCUGCCGCUCUGCUUGCUGCCCUUGGCAUCUUUCAGCGCGGUGAGAAACCGACGGAGGCCGAGGACCAGAUCAUCCUCCUCAUCAAGCACGCCAAGCUGAGUGCUAUCAAGGGGGAACUCGAGGAUGCUGAGCGUUUUUUACACCAGGCCCUUCACCUGGCCCAGCAGUCACAGCACAACCAGGCCAUCACCUACAUCUACUGUCAGAUGGCGAACCUCGCCUUCCUUCGUGGGGACCUGCUCAGUGCAGAGAAGCUCUUCAAAGCAAGCAUGAGCCAGCUUCUCGGAUCAGGAGCGCAGCAGGAUGACAAUGCCCUCAUCGAGAUGUCUCUGAAGUUAUGCAGCAUCUAUGCCUCCACUGAGCGGGACAAUUUAGCAGUGGAAGGAUACAAGUGGUGCAUUGAGACACUGGAGGAGAAAAUUCGGCGUGAAAAGGCUACGCCUGAGGAAGGUUUGUCAGCUGAAGAGAUGGAGAACAUGCAGCUGCUGCUGGGGAUGAGCCUGGAUUCCUGCGCUCGUUACAUGCUGAUCCGGGGGCAGCUACUGCUGGCCACAGGGAUGUACGAGAAAGCGCUGGCCAUCGCCCAAGACGUACAUGGGGAGACGCACCCACAGACGGUAGUGCUGAUGAAUGACCUGGCCACGGUGUUGGAGCGGAGGGACAAUCACCAGCAAGCCCACAAGCUCGCCAAGAGGGCAUCGAGCCUGGCGAGAGAGAUUGCACACCCGGACCUGCCCGCCAUCCUCAGUAAUGAGGCGGCCAUCCACGCCCAUACAGGGAACUACACUGAGGCCAGGCAGCUGUACAAGGAGGCUUUGGAAGAGGCGAACACGCAGGGCAACGAGCGGCUGAUUGAGCGCAUCCGGGAGGCAAUGGAGGAGCUGGACGCCAGGACCCGCAGCUCCCGUGAUAAAGGGGAGGAGAGGCAGUGAGGGAGCUCUCCACCGCUCCAUGCUCGCAAUCAUUCCCGAGGCCAUGGCACUGUGAUUGCAGUCACAAAGGUUUGGGCUCAAGGUCCACGACAACUCUCAGAUAUGGUAACGAGGGAGAUCAGCAGUAAUGAGGGAGGGGCAGUGAGGGAGCACCGCACUGUGGGAGGGGCAG